AACGCGCUACUCAUGGUGUAAAUUUCAUAGUAAUCAACGAAUUUCGUUGAUAGUAACGAGUAGUAACGAGAGAGCGGAAGAAAAAUGUCUACGGUGGAUGCACGUGACAAGCGCCGAGACUUUGCAUGAUCAAAUACUGACUAAAUUUUCUGGAGUUACCGUGCUAAUAGAAAAUGAUCAGUAGUUUUCAUGCUGCGUUAAAAAAUGCUGUGGACGUGGUGAGUUAUAAUGUUGCUCCACCGGCAACAGCCUUGGACGACUUUACGUACCACUGGAAACAGUUGAUGAAUUUUUACGUGAAUCAUUUGACCAACUGUAAAUUACCGAUAGAAUCUACAAACAUUCCACAUCACCUGGACCGAUUACUCGGGAUCCUGUUGAGUGAAGAAAACUUGCUAGGAUCAGAAAAUCCUGGGCCAUGCUUAGAAUAUUUACUACAGCAUCGUCUUUUGGACUUGCUAGCCACUUUAGCUAGCGCUGAGACACCACCAGGAAUGAGAUUGAUCUGCUUAUCGUUCUUCAAGAGGCUCCUGACCCGACUACAGCAUCCACUGCUUCCUCAUGUUUCAAUUCACAGCCCUGUUCAGAGAUUGAUUACAUUCUGCAAUGGAAAUGUUGCCUCCCCUACUGAAAACGAAGAAAUACAAUUUCUUGUGGCUCUUUGCUUCUUAAUAUGCAAAUAUCCAAACCUCAUAUUUGUUAUGAAUAAUGUUGAAAUACCACAACAGAGGCCAAAAUUUGUAGUUAAUUCGGCUCGAAACAAAUUAGACACGCAACAAAUUACAUAUGCACCUACAAGGACCAGGAACAACUCUAAUCCAUUGUUCGAGCCUCUGAACAUGCAAGCAGUCACUUUAAUAAAUCCCAAUUUCCAUCAUUCUGACAAUGGAAAAAAGCUAUCCAGCACAUCCAGUCGACACUCGGCCAAGAGUAGGGAUUUUAGGGUAAAUUCCAGCAAACAAAUGCCAUACAUGGACGACACUUUAAAUUUGAAUUCUAUGGAACAUGAGAGGAAAGUAUCCAAUCUUUCUAAUGUCCCUCACGGGAGGAAUGAAGUAGAGUCUACGUCAAAUAGUCCUAAUUCUUUGAAAAAUUACGUCAGAUUCCUCUCACCAUCAGAUAAUGUAGCUCAUCAAGCAGCCGAAGUGGAUGAAAAGUGCUCACAGCAUACUUUGAUAGGAUCUACAGAGACUAUGAAAGGACUUGGGUCAAAAAUUCAAGAUGUCAGACAGUCACAAAUAGAAUUGAAAGGUGAUUCGUUACACCUCACUGCAUCCUCAAGCCUGGAUAAGAUGGUUGCUCACUGUGAGAUGUUUGAAAAUAUGUCCAGGGCGUUCGGCACCGACUGUCACCCAAAUAAUAGAGCCAAACAUCAUAGUGAAAAUUUGCAGUAUUCUUCAAAUGGUACAUCACCGACAAGAAGCUCUAAAUGCCUAUUACUAGAUGCUUUGAUAAGCUAUCUAAAUAGCGCAGACAAUAUGGUCAGAGUGAAGGCUUGUGAAGGAAUAAUGGUCUUGGCAUCAUUACAAGAUCCCUUGUUUGCUCGUAUCAUUGUGAAGAGUGAAUUGCCAUUUGCAUUAUCCAGUAGACUAGAAAAUUUGUUUAAUCUUAUACCGGCUCAUGUUGAUCCAAAUGAAAUUGACGAAGUCAAUGUAACUUGGGGAUUAGAUUCCCCGCUUUGGACUAGUGAAAACGAAUUUCCUGGAUGUAGACAACUUGCUGCAUUUUUCAUGUGGCUUGAUUAUUGCGACCAGCUAACUAGAGAGGCUUAUCCAGUAGUUGGAGAAGUUCUUGCUGAAAACAUCCAUGUGAUGUUCUUUCAAAAAGUGUUGACUCCUGCCCUUUCUGAUCAUCAUGUUGUGCUAAUCACUGCGCUCAUUACAAAAUGUUUGAAGGAUAUGAGAUCGCCACUUCUGAACACUGAGAUGAAUUACUGGCUUGUGGGUCAUCGCAGGGAUCCCGAAUUACCUGGUAUUCAACCCUUCCCUGUGAUGCAUCAGUUAAUAAAAAACUGCUACGAGGGCAGUGAUGAUUUAAUUCUUGAAACAUUGAGGUUAUUCGGAGAAAUAAUCGAGAGACGACACGAGCAUGUCCUACAUUGCUUAGUUCUCACUCAUCUAACAUCUAGGGGAUACUACAAUAGUGGAGCAGCUGACUGUGCUAUCGCUUCUUGGAGUGACGAAGAAGAUGAAAGAGAAAAAACCAGGUGUAGCUUAGACUUAUCGUAUAAACAAAAUCAUAGUCGAACAUUGGCACCCUCAAACAUUCACAGAAUCGUAAAUUGCUUUCUAUCCCUUCUACCCAGAGUGCUACAGUCGGACUUGGAUGCGAAUAAUUACGAGCAAUAUAUCACCGAUUGGGAAAAGCAGUACUCUUCAGUCCUAACUGAGUGUGCAUUGUUGUCUUGGCCCCUGGAAGCAGUGAAAAUGGAUGACUUGGCUAGUUUGGACUCGAGACCUGAGGCUGAUCAUUGCACGCCUAGAUUUUAUCCAGGGGAAUUCUUAACUAUGCUUUUCGAGAAAAUUACCAACAUUCCCCACCAGAAAUAUGACAUUAAUCUUCAAUUGACUGUGCUAGUAUCAAGGCUGGCGCUGCUGCCGCACCCAUAUGUCCAUGAAUUUCUGCUGAAUCCUUUGCUACCCCUAACACCAGGAACUAAAAGUUUGUUCGGGUGUUUACAGCAGGUUGUAAAGUACCUUGCAAUCGAGGUUACUAAGGUGAAGGGCUAUAAACAAAUUUUAAAAGACAUACGGCUUAAGUUGCUGCAAGAUUCAAAUGACAACCAAGAAAAAGAGGACAUUCUCUUUGAAAGCGUCAUUAUCACUGAAGAAUUUUGCAAGGAGCUCGCAGCUAUAUCUUACGUGAAAUAUUAUCGUUCCAUGUGAAGUUUGAAAACUCAAUCCGUAACAUCUUGAAAUGAAUGUUGACCCUUGAAGGGUAAAUUUUCAUGCAAGCGUUAAUCGUGCUUGGAAGCAUAAAAGUUUCAUGCAAUUGGCGACGGAAUAGACGCUCUGAAAAGACAUUUGAUCGUGAGUAGCUAUGUGACCUGUGAUAAUAAAAUCCGAUGUGACAACGUCAAAAUCAGAUCAA